CUUAAGCUAAUUUGCGUUUUUUUUUUGCUAUCUGGGUUUCUCCCAAAGAUUUCGGUUUUUCUUACUCCCUUUUACGCCAAUUGCACUUAGCAAUCUCUCUACGGGGCUGGUGAUUUUAUUCCGAUUGGAUUUAUUUUUAUUAGGGUUUGAUUGGAUCGCACCCUUGAUUUGGAUCCUAAUUGCGGUUUUCAUACUAUUAGGACCAGCUCUCGGAGAUUAAAGACUUGUCAGAAAGAGAUUGAAUUGUAACGGAAUAAGUGUGUAUCUAUUUGAUUCCCGAAAUCGGAUUUUAUUCACAUUCAAUCGGAAAGAGCCAACUUGUUGGCGGCUGCCGAUAAGGUUAGCGACAAAUCUUGCGGCUCUCGAGGUGUAAAUUGCUAAUUUUGUAGUGUAUUUUGGAUUGGAGUGGCCUUUUGGGAAGUUUAUCCAAGUGAUUCUAUUGAUAUGGUGUACUGGGUCAUAGUUUCUGAUCUGGUCAAGUGUUGGGAUAAAGGAGCGAAAAAGUAACAAGAGUGGUUGAAAGUAUACCACUUUACGGUCUUGACGGACAAGUGCCAUGUCUCGUUGCUUCCCAUUUCCACCUCCAGGAUAUGAGAAGAAAAUUAGAACCGAUGAAGCAGACUCUUUACUAAAGGAAAAGCAAAAGAAAGAGAAGAAGCACAAAAAGGAGAAGAAGGAUAAAGAAAAGAAAGAAGGAAAAGAGAAAAGAGAUAAAGAAACAAGCAAAGACAAACACAAGGAACGGAAGGAGAAAAAGGAGAAACAUAGAGAUAGGAAAGACAAAGAUCGGGAUAAAGAAAAGAGCAGAACUUCUGAGGGCAAAAGAACUGCUGGUGUUCUGCCGAACACAGGGGACAGAGAAAAGCUUGUAACAAAUACUUUGCAGAAUAAUGGUAAUGGAGAGACUAAGUUUAUACAGGACCUGGCAAGAAGGAUCAGAGAUGAAGAAGAAGCUACAGACAGUCAAAGUGUGGGAAAGCUUAGUUUUCCUUGUGGAGCUACAGAGACCAAGAUUUCCUGCCCAAUUCCACAAAACAAGCAUAGGAAAGAUGAUGAAAAGAGAAUCAACACUCAUAAAAACGUUGCCAUGGAAAAAAGGUCUGAAAAUGCGGUUCUUCGAGUAUCAUCUUGCACAGAUCAGAAAGGAACUGAGGUUAUGAUCAAACCAGUGGAGGUGAAAGAUCAAUCAAACGAAACGGAACCACAAGAGAAGAAUCACCGCAGGGAAAGUGUGACAAAGAGUGAUAAGCCAUUGUAUAGCGAAGGGUUAAAGAAAAGUGAACCAAAGUACACAACACAUAGAAGUAGUCAAGAGAAGAAAGAGGAGAAAACAGAUGUGUUAGACAAAGCUGGUCAUGACAAACUAAAAUAUGUAGAGGGAGGGCCCAGAUUAAAAGAGAGAGAUGUGGAUAGUAGGAGUUUGAGAGUGCAGGACCUUUCCAGGGCGAGCUUCAAAAACCUUACCGCAGAGGAAAUUCUUGGCAAACGGAAGGAUCUUGAGACAAAUGGAUUGUUGUAUGAGAAUGGAUCUAGGCCAAACAAGAUACAGAGGCCAGUUGCUUCUCCUAUAUCAUCCGUGAAAAACGGAAGAAAGUUAGGAGCAUGCCCAUCUCCUCCGAAACCUGUUUCUGAGUUGCAAGGAACAGUGUGUAACCCAGAGGUGAAGGAGCAUAAAAUUAAUGGAUACAUUGGUUUUCAAGAAUCCAAAAGCCGUCCAACGAUUCCUUCUGUGAAAGUAAAGGAAGGCAGUGAAGCAUCAGCAAAAAAGCGGCCUCAUUCAGACUUAAAGUAUUUGGAUCAGAUACUGAAUGUACCGAAAAGAGAGGAAUUGUAUGAGAUCGAUGAUGGUGAACAAGAAUGGCUAUUUGGUCAGUCGGGUGUGAAACUAUUAAAGAAGCAAAGAGCAGAUUCUACUACUUCAUUGGAUGAGACUCUGCAAGUCUGGAACCAGGCUCUUAGAAUAGAAUAUGCUGAUGUUGUAGCUCUUCCAUAUGUUGUUCCAUUCUAGUUUGACUACAUUCUGAUGGUCAUCCACUUUCAAACUGAGGAGAACGAUCCUCCCUCACGUCGCAUUGCAGUGACUUCUGCUCAGUACUUUGCUCGGCACAGCUGGAAUGAGAGAUGUUGCGGUAUGACUGGGUUGGCUUCAUGAGAUGAGAGAGGCUUCCCUAAUAGCACAACAAGUCAGGUCAGUAAGGGCUACGUAGGAUUUAGAGUAAAAUCUUUUUGAGAGUGUGAUUGUUGGAAGUGAGAUUUCAGACUUUUGGUUCAAGUUUUGAUUCUGCUGUGUCAAUCAUCAGUUGAUGGGAUUAGCAUUGAGUUGUAUAUUAGAGAGAUAUAGAAAAAUAGGGAGAGAUUUUAUAAUUUACCCACUAAUAGAUUACAUUUGUAUACUCUGUUUCCCCUUUUCUGGGUCACAAUUAUUCCUGGAAUCCAAACAAGUUUACUCAUUUCUUCU